AUGCCUGCUGGGAGCUACUACACGAACCGAAGUCAUCGCCGCUCCCCCGCGGCAUUGAAACGAACGCGAGAAUGUAUUUCCUUUUUUCAUGUACAAGAACGCUGGCGCCUUAGCUUUCUUCAAGUUCUGUGUUGAUUACCGAGGUCGCUGUAGUAACUGUAACAUCCCAAACCCGACGAGGCGCCUCUGGCCCUACUUGAAGCUUCCCUACGUUGCCGGAUUGAGAUGAAAAAGAUGUGCCCAUUCACUUGAAAUAGCAAAAAAUUACUCUGCAGCGCGUAUGUACAAUCAACAGGUUGCGCCAAUCUGUACGGUAUAAUCCGGGUGGCUUGUCAGCUCUUCUACACGUUCAUAUGCCGGCGACGAGACUACGACAGCUUGAAAGACCUCGAGUUUGGGUCUGUCUUGAACAGCAACGAGAUGUCGGGCGGUGCAGGAGCUCCGCCACCGCCGUUUGGGAAGCCAACCCUUUACCAGCCCAGGAAUUUGCAGGCAGGGUUUGUUCCGCUGCACAGUUUCUCAUCAACCUCCGGUGGAACUUCGCGAGGUGCAGCGGCGCAGCAAGUCCGUCAACGCGCCGGGGCGACCGGGAUGGGCACGACUACAACAACUCCAGCGGGCGGGGUCGUUCCCUUAAGCAACUACAUGACCAGAGACCAAGCCUCGGAACUUGUUGGCGGUUCGUCCUCCCGUAGUGGGACGGCGGCCACAAGAACAUCGUCCAGUAGCGUCGCUGGCGGAGCAGGUCAACAUCAGUACUCAGCCCCGGCGACACUUUUGCAGGCAGCCAACCCGGAAAACCGACCGGUCGAUUCGAGUGUAAAUGCAAGUCAAUUGCCUCGGUCCUUCGCACGACGGCAGCAGCACGCACCCAAGCCACCUGCGCACGCACCACCGAGCUCGCUCAUACCGCAACCCGUUGGGAAAAUCAAUCCACCUAUGAUCGCAUCACCGACCGGCCCUGUAGGAGCUCCGACGGCAGCGAUGAUACCCGGUCAGGGGCGCAAAAUUAACUUUAUCCAAUGA